UCUUCAGAGCAUAAAUAUAAUUACUUUUAUUGUUUAAAAAACUUUAUGUAAAUUCGUAUAUUUUGUGAUUACUGUUAAAAUUUACAUGUUAAAUUUCGUCAUAUUUUAUCAGGUGGAAGUUUAAGUUCAUCAAUAUACACUUCUAAACUCUGCAGUGAGUAAGACUAGAUGAAGUUAUAACUUGCAUUUACUGAUGAUUUAGUGAUUUCAGGCAGGACAGUUAAGCAAGAACAGUGUGUUUAACCUACUAGUUAGGCCCUUUUGAUAGUUCUUUUAUGAAUCAAGAUGGAUUCCAGGUUGUUCGAGGAAAAAGGAAGAGGAGGAAGAAUAGAUUUUUUAAUGUACAACAUGCUUCACAGUCUUUUCUACUAUCACAUGGACUUAAUGAUAACAACAUAUCAGACCUUGAUUUAGCACUUGCAAAGAUAGUAGAGUAUCAGAAAGAAAUAACUGAUUCAGACUUUUAUAUAAGGCUCGUAAAUCAACUGGAAAAUGUGCUACAGCCAAAAAAUAUUCAACAGACUGUAUGUUGUUUAGGAUGUGAAGAAAACCGACUAACAGCUUUAAAUUUAGACAGCUUUCAUAUAGUUUGUUAUGGACUUGGAAACUUCAGCUCAUGUGUUUCAUCUCAAUACCAAUUGGCUUUGUUACUGGGUUUAAAAGCAUGGUUUAAUAUUGACAAUGUUUUACUUUAUGAUCCUAUGUUCAGUUCUUCAGAAAUACAGCUGUUGAAGAAAGCAGGCUGUGAAAUAAUUGUUAAGAAUGAAGAAGGUAAAAGAAGUGUGAAGACAAAAACUUUAUUUUAUAUGCCUCAUUGUGGUAAACCCUUAUACAAUAGUGUAUUGUGGGCAAACUGGUCUCCUGAUCACCUUCCUCUAGUAGUCAUUCUUGGAAACAGCUUCAACACAAUGAUGUGUAACACCCCUGUAAAAUGGCUGGAGGACAGUGUCCCAUAUAUUGUGAAAGUUUUACCAUUUAAACAAGAAACUAUGAUAGAGAAUGACUUUAGGAUUAAUGAUAUAUUUAAUGACAUUGCAGUCCACAGCUUUAACAGAGAAAAAUUACUCCAGGAGCUGUCAGAUUUUUGGGAAGAAGCUACUGAACCUUCUUACAAUUCAGAUGACGAGAUUAUAUGUAGUUCCCAAAUGAAGUGAACCUAAAUAGAGGAGAUAAUGUAAAUUGAAAUUAUAGUUACGAUAAGAUAAGAAUGUUUUCUUGUUGUAGGAUUAAUAAAUAAUAAUACUAUUAUUUUAUAUUUAAUGUACAUGCAGUAUCUGUAAAUGCAGGUUUUCAAAAAACUAUAUUAUUAAGCUGAAUGAAGAAUAUUGUCAGCAAGAUGUAGGUUUUUAAUUGACCUGAAUUUGUUAUAUCAAUUUUGCUGAGUACUCGCAUGUCACUAGUUUGACAUAAUGUAAAAUUCCUGGAAAGCUUAGAAGAUUGAGGGAAGUGAUAGUUAUCUUUAUUAAAUGAAUGUUUGCAAAUUACUAUAAUUCUGAAUUUACUGCAUGCAUCUAUACAAAGUGUGGCAAGCUUUUAGUAAAAUGCGUAAGUCUGUCACACAAAAAAUCAGAUGUGUUACAAAAGUCUUUAUACUCAAGACAUGUCGUGAAUUGCCUAUAUCAGUCUGACUCAGACUCUGACCACUCAGUGUUCAAGGUGAUGUUUGUUUGAAGAAUAAAAAUAUUUUUGUCCAUCA